AACAAGAAUAAUAAAGUUUUACAGCGUGAACUUGACUCGUAAUUAACCAAUAAACAAAUGCGAGUGUUGCCAACUUAAAUUCAAAUCGCUCUUCCUAGUUUUUAAAUAAAAAACUGUAGAGUUGUAGUUGUUGUAGUAGCACACUUGAACUUUGUAGUAGGAAACGGGAAUCUUCAUAACUUCAAUCGAUUUGUCAACGUGACAAUACAUAUACAAUUUUAAUGAAAGCGAAAUAUGGAACCUACGAAGCACCCGUCCAAUCCCAAACGAAAAUCCACCAUGGAUAAGAAGAAAAAACCCAAAUUCAUCCUUCCCUACAGGGGUUAUUAUGGGGACAUCAUCACCGAUUUGAAUUACCUUCACCCGUUGAAAUACAACUACAAUAUAACGGGUUGCGUGAAGAAAACGAAGCUGAUAUGGGCCAUGCAAACGGAGAAGCACGCCCCUAUCGUGAGGUACCUCACGCCUACUUCGAAAAUAGCCAAUCUAUUCCCGGCCGAACGAUGGAUGACCUUCGAAGAAGACAAAUCGAUCAGCUUUCCAGUCGAUACUUUCAAACCCAAAGUGCAAUUGCAACAUUCCGUUGAGCCAAAAACUCUACCGAGAAGCGUGGCUGUGGAGAAACGUAGAAGGGAGUACCAAAGCCAAGACCUGCAAACUGUACUGGCCAACAACGACAUCCAAGUCAGGGACCUGAUGCCCAUAGACAUGCUGCGGCAGCUGAUCGAAGACAAGACCUGGAUCAGCUUCCUACACCUGGACCAUUACGACGUCGAAGAAAUGGACAACAGAACGCCGGAGAAUUGGCUGGAGCACGGCAUCGUGGACAACGUGAGGCACCCUCUACCGGGCGUAGCUUUCGUAAACAUGAGCGAAACCAACGAAGAAGACGCCCAUUCGGCCAAGAUACUGCAAGCCCCCAGGGGCGAUAAGGCUUACGAUUGGGUCAACGUUGCUGUUACCGAUUACAAUGCUGAAACUAAAUUAUGGACGGUUUUCACUCUGGACGGUAGACAGAUGACCUUCUAUCUGCCGAGAUUAUUCGUAAUGUUCUACGCUGAAGAUCCCAGAGUGUUUGUUAACAGAAUCAAGAGCAUGUUGAUGUUGAGAGCAGAACAGGAAAACAGGAUCAGAUACGAAUUCUUCCUGGAUUGCAUAUCAUUGGAAGGUAUCGUGGAAAUGGAGCAAGACACGUUGAACAAGAUUCUCAACAGUACCACAAACGCGAUAGGAAUCAAUCCUAAAGUCUUCAAAGGAAACUUCUAUCAACAGUUGGUAGACGAAAUCCUGCUGAACCACAAGCGCUGCUUGGGAUCCUUGGAUUUCGCCAAGCACUUCCAAAAGAACACCGAUUUGGGUAAAUAUUUAUGGAUACCCAAAAUGGAAACAGACCUCGUUAUCAAGACCAUCGAUACCGGUAUGACCAAUUUCAAGGAAAUCCGCAACUACUUCAGAUGGUACAACAUCUACGUGGUAAACGAAACCUACAGAGCAAUGGAAUUCAUCAGCGGCGAAUGCAUCAAAAUCAGCCAAAUGGCCGUGUUCACGGCGAAUUAUGGCUCAAAGUACGUGUCAUUGGAGGAAUUCGAUUCCAUACAAUCGCUCACGCGGAACGUGCUGUUGAAAUAUUUAAGAGGCAUGUGGACAGAGUCGGCUGUAUUUCAAAUUAGAAUGUGCCUGGGUGAUAUCGGCAAGGGUUGGUUCGAUAUCAACGAGAAGAACGCGGAAACCUACGAAAUAUCCAAGCUCAAACGCUUCAUGGAUCUGAUCAAAUUGAGAAUGCAACACGCCCUCCGUUUGCUGGUGGAGAAUUCCCUCAACAUCUUCAUCAAUUUGGUGGAGAAUCCCUGCCUGCCCUGCCUCCACAUCCCCGAAGAUUUCGUCUGGGAAGGAGACCUCACCGUCAGUCCUUAUAUCUGCAAACACCUGCCCAUAUUUAGCCUGCAGAUGCGCCUCGGCGAGAACGGGGCUUCAUUUUCCACGCCUCCGGAAACUUUCCAGCCGGUGCUGUUGAAACUCUUCGACGAAGGUUUCAAGCAACUGCACUGGAUCAAACAGGUGCACCCUCUUCUGCUGCUUAACCUGCGCUUUCCCAACGACUUGUACCUGUCUUCGGUGGGGCUGAUGUCGAAGGAGAUGUGCGACAUUCGCGAGAGGUUCUGCCUGGCGUAUCAGAAGGUGCUGAUACCUUUGCUAGCCUACGCCAAGCGCUACGAUGAAUUCGUACCUCUCUACACCAUGGACAUAAAUCAUUUUAUUGAGGUUUACGCAGAAGACGAGCACUCUGCUCAAGAUGUUAGACUGGAUAUCAUGGAGGAAAUGAGCAAGAGGGUUGUUUUAGAGAACAGCAUCCCCACGUCGAUAUCCAUUGGACCUUUCUACAUAUCCACCGAACAAAUUAGAACGACGCUGGUGAACAAACGGCAAGAGAUUGUAAACAGAAUGUUCGACUAUUUCACGUCUAAGAUGAGAAUUGCUAUUGAAGAUAUCAUCACCGAAUUCGAAAUGCUCAUGAGGAAAGUCCAAUCGAAAAUUGACUCCAUAGAAGCGAUUUUCGAUAAAAGAGACUACCUGGAGACCGUUCCAAUGGCGAUAAGAAGUUACGAGGAAAUCACCAAACGACUAAUCUUGGACUACGAAAUACUGGACUUUUUCAAAGUGAACCUCAGCAACGAGGACUUCAAGGCCAAAUGGAACGCCGUCGGUUGGCCGAAGAAAAUCGAAACAGAAAUCGACAAAGUGUUCGAAUUCAUGAAGGAAGAGGAGGACAAGUUGCUGAAACAGCAGCUGAUCGACGAGGUGUCGCUGCUCGAGCAGAUCGAUUCCUUCAACAGCACCGUGGUGCUGCUGUCGGGCCUCUCGGAGUUCGACAAAGUGCACCAGAUCGCCCAAGAGUGCGCCGACCUGUGGGACACCAUGAAGGAGUCGCAGAGGAAGGGCCAGACUUUGAACCAGAGACAGAAGUUGUUCGGCAUCAAAAUGGUGUCGUACGAUUCCUUAAACAAGCUGCUGAAGGAGUUCGAGCCGUACAAAAACGUCUGGGUGACUUCUUCAGAUUGGAUAACGUUGCACCACGAAUGGAUGUAUGGGCCUUUGAUCGACAUCGAUCAGAAAAUCAUUGAACCCACGGUUACUGAUAUGUACAAGAUGAUCGUCAAGUGCACGAAGAUAUUCGCUAAUAAUCCGGAAAUCCAGGAAAUAGCGGUGGAAAUCAAAAAUCGAAUAGACGAUUUUAAGCCCUUGAUGCCUGUUCUGAUAGCCUUGAGGAAUCCGGGAUUGAAAGACAGGCAUUGGGUGCAAUUCAAUAAGGAAUUCGAAAUCGAGCUGACGAUGGGUCCAAUGGCGACGUUUCAAAGCUUCAUCGAUUUGGGGAUAUUGGAGUUUGGUGAAAGGGUCAUUACUAUAUCAGAUAACGCCAUCAAAGAGUACCAAAUCGAGCAGACGCUGGAGAAGAUGAUGGCCGAAUGGGACGCUAUUUACUUAGAUUUAUCUCCCUACAAAAAUUCUGGUACCUACAUGGUGAAGUUCUCGGACGAAAUGCAGCAGAUGCUGGACGAUCACAUUGUGAACAUACAGCAGCUGUCCUUCAGUCCCUUCAAAGCGCCUUUCGAAGAUCGAAUCGACGAUUGGGAGCUGAAAUUGAAGAUCACUUCUUAUGUUAUAGAAGAAUGGAUGGAUGUCCAGAAACAAUGGAUGUAUCUAGAACCCAUUUUCUGCAGCGAAGACAUCUCCAAGCAAUUGCCAGUAGAAACAAAGAAAUUCGGAUCGAUGGAAAGAACGUGGAGAAGAGUGAUGAGGAACGCUCAUGAAUGUCCCUUGGUCAUCCAAUACUGCGGCGACAGGAAGCUGUGGGAGAGCCUGAAAGACGCCAAUCACCUCCUGCAAAUCGUGCAGAAAGGACUUGCCGAAUAUCUGGAAGUCAAACGCAUGAUACUCCCUAGGUUCUACUUCCUCAGCGACGACGAGCUGAUAGAAAUCCUGGCGCAAGCCAGAACUCCUCUGGCCGUGCAACCUCACCUGAAGAAAGUCUUCGAGAACGUCGCAAGAUUGACGAUGGAGGAAGAUUUCCAUAUCACCCAGAUGUUUUCCGCUGAAGACGAAUGCGUGAAUCUUACUCCUACGUUCUACCCCGUAGGGAACGUGGAAGAUUGGCUGGUCAAUCUGGAGAAUUCCAUGCGUAACAGCGUUAGAGUGGAGCUAGGCAAAGCUCUAUUGGAUCUGUUCCAAAAGGAUAGGAAGGAAUGGGUGCUCUGCUGGCCAGGUCAAGUGGUCAUUGCUGUGUGUCAAACGGCUUGGACUACUGGCGUGGAAAAGGGUAUAAUGGACAAUUCCCUAGCUGAUUUCUUCAAUGACGAAUUGAUGGUCAACUUGGACGCCUUGAGGAACCUGGUGAAAGGAAAACUCACAUUUUUACAGAGGGAAAUCCUGUCUGCUUUGAUCGUCAUCGAAGUACACGCUAGGGAUGUGACGCAGAAACUGGUGGACGUGGAGAAUUUAAACAUCAACGAUUUCGAUUGGAUCAGCCAGCUGAGAUACUAUUGGGUCAAUGAAGAUACCAAAGUUCGAGCUGUUAACGCAGAAUUCCAGUACGGAUACGAAUAUUUGGGCAACAGCGGUCGCUUGGUGAUAACCCCUCUGACUGAUAGGUGUUAUUUAACGUUAACCGGGGCUCUGCAUUUAAAAUUUGGAGGCGCUCCUGCAGGACCUGCUGGUACCGGUAAGACGGAAACCUGCAAGGAUCUGUCCAAAGCGAUGGCGACGCAGUGCGUGGUCUUCAAUUGCUCGGAUCAGCUGGAUUUCAUGGCAAUGGGGAAGUUUUUCAAGGGCGUCGCCAGUGCCGGAGCUUGGGCUUGUUUCGAUGAGUUUAAUAGAAUUGACAUUGAAGUGCUGUCUGUGGUAGCCCAACAACUGACCACCAUCCAAAAAGCCCAGCUGUCCCGCGUCGACAUGUUCUACUUCGACGGCGUGGAGAUCGCCCUGCGCGGCGCCUGCGCCGUCUUCAUCACCAUGAACCCCGGCUACGCCGGCCGCACGGAGCUACCCGACAACCUCAAGGCCCUCUUCCGGCCCGUCUCCAUGAUGGUGCCCAACUACACGCUCAUCGCCGAGAUAUCGCUCUUCUCGUUCGGCUUCGGCAACGCCAAGCCCAUGGCCAACAAGAUCACCAGCACGUUCAAGCUGAGCUCCGAGCAGCUGAGCAGCCAGGAUCACUACGAUUUCGGCAUGCGGGCCGUCAAAACUGUCAUCACGGUGGCGGGGAAUUUGAAAAGGGAGAAGCCCGAGAUGGACGAGAGGCAGAUUUUGCUGAGGGCUCUGUUGGAUGUGAACGUGCCCAAGUUCCUGAAGGACGAUUUGAAGCUGUUUAACGGUAUCGUGAGCGAUUUGUUUCCGCAAAUGAAGGAGGAGCCGAUCGAUUAUGGUAGAUUGGAGCAGGGCAUUAGAGCUACUUGUCCCAAAUUGGGAUUGGAGGAUGUUAACGAAUACGUGAGGAAAGUGAUCCAAUUGUACGAGACUACAGUGGUCAGGCACGGAUUGAUGUUGGUAGGGCCAACUGGAUCAGGAAAAACCAAGUGUUACGUGAACCUGAAGGAAGCCAUGACGAGCCUGAAAGGGGAACUCCAGCCGAGCGGUUACCCUUUCCAGCCGGUCCAGACUUACGUUUUGAAUCCCAAAUCCAUCACGAUGGGUCAAUUGUAUGGAGAAUUCGAUUUGGCCACUCACGAAUGGACUGACGGCAUCCUUCCUUGUCUGGUGCGCGUGGGAAUCCGCGCGGAGAACAAGGACAAACGUUGGUACAUAUUCGACGGGCCGGUCGACGCAGUCUGGAUAGAGAACAUGAACACAGUGCUGGAUGAUAAUAAGAAAUUGUGCAUGACUAGCGGGGAAAUUAUCAAAUUGAGGGACACCAUGACGAUGAUGUUCGAGGUGGCCGAUUUGGCUGUGGCAUCUCCGGCUACUGUAUCCAGAUGCGGUAUGGUGUACCUGGAACCAGCAGUUUUAGGCCUGGAUCCUUUCGUAAACUGCUGGCUAAGGAGAUUACCAGAAUUGGUAUUACCGUACGCCAAUGAUCUGAAGGAUCUCAUCCAUUACUACACCAUACCCGGGCUUCAUUACAUGCGGGAUUAUUUGAAGGAAGUGAUGACAUCCGUGGAUUCGGCUCUGUUGAUAUCGUUUUUGCAAAUGAUGGAUUUCAAAUUGGAGCCGGUGUCGGGCGCUAGGGUGCCCCCCCAACCUCAAUUCCUCGCUUUAAUGAAGGGUCUCAUCGCCCCAUGGGUAGUUUUUUGCACGAUAUGGAGCAUCGGUUGUACGUGCGACAAUGACGGAAGAAUUUUGUUCGAUAAAUGGAUUAGAGAAAGAAUGAAAUCCAGAGGGGAUAAGCCUUAUUUUCCCAAAGAUCUCCCUUGUUACGAUUUUAGAUUGCAUGAUGGGGGAUUCACGGAUCCAACGGAAAAUAACGAGCCCAAGCAUGCCAGUUGGCGCAACUGGAUGGAGAACUUGGAGGAAUACGUUAUCACGCCCGAGAUGAAGUAUUCAGACAUCGAAGUUCCCACCGUAAACAACGUCCGAAACGCCGAGCUGAUCGGCAACAUCCUCGUCAACGAGCACAACGUCCUCUGCGUAGGACCCACCGGCACCGGAAAAACCCUAACAGUCAUAGCCAAACUGGCGAAGAACAUGCCCAAGAAGUUCAUCUGCGACUUCAUCAACUUCUCAGCCAGGACCAGCGCCAACCAGACCCAGGAUUUGAUCGAUUCCAAGCUGGAUAGGAGAAGAAGAGGCGUGUACGGACCUCCGGUGUUGAAGAGACAGGUGUUCUUCAUCGACGAUUUCAACAUGCCCGCCUUGGAGGUGUACGGGGCGCAGCCCCCCAUCGAAUUGAUUCGCCAAUGGAUGGAUUACGGAGGUUGGUACGAUAGAAGAAACAUCGGAGACUUUAGGACGAUUAUCGAUAUUAAUUUCGCGGUGGGGAUGGGCCCCCCGGGGGGCGGUAGAAACCCCGUUACACCCCGGUUGCUGAGGCACUUCCACUACAUAACUUUCCUGGAAAUGGAAGACGACAGUAAAAUAAAAAUAUUUGGUACGAUCCUCAAUUACUGGCUAUCGAGAGCCCCACCGGCGUUCAAGGGCUUCCAAAAUCCCAUCUUAUGGUCCACAUUGACCGUAUUCAAGACAAUAUUGGAAGAAUUACUUCCAACACCGGCCAAAACUCACUACACGUUCAAUCUUCGUGAUCUGAGCAAAGUGUUCCAAGGAAUGCUGAUGCUCGAUUCGGAAGCGCAUCUUCGGCAAACAGCCGAUGUGAUACAGUUGUGGUACCACGAAUGCUGUAGAGUGUUCCAGGACCGCUUGGUCAACGACGAAGACAGAACCUGGUUCGAUACGCUGCUGAGGAAGCAAAUCCAGAAGCAGUUCAGGCGUACCCCGGAAAAGGUCUUGGGAGAAGAUGCGCUCGUAUUUGGCGACUUCAUUGACCCCUCGAUAGGACCUGGUGCUUACGUCCAAAUCAAAGACUUCGUAAGACUCUCGGACGCGUUGAUUUUCUACCUCAACGAUUACAAUUUGCAAAGCACCAAACCCAUGAAGUUGGUGCUGUUCCAAGACGCCAUCAAUCACAUAUCCAGGAUAUCCAGAAUACUAAGGCAGCCCAUGGGUAACGCUCUGUUGCUCGGCAUGGGAGGAUCCGGAAGACAGAGUUUAACUAGACUGGCCUCGUUCAUGGCGGAAUUCAACUGCUUCCAAAUCGAACUGACCAACGCCUACGCCCUGCAGGACUGGAAAGACGACGUCAAGAACAUCAUGAUGUCCGCUGGAUUGAUGUCCAAAGAAACCGUCUUCCUCUUCUCGGACACUCAGAUCAAAUCCGAAUCGUUCCUGGAGGAUCUGAACAACGUGCUGAACUCUGGCGACGUGCCCAACAUCUACGCGCCCGAGGAACUCGAUAAAAUCUACUUCGCGAUGAGAGGACCGGUGCAGGAGCAGGGACUGUUGCCCACCAAACCCAAUCUCUACUCGGUGUACAAACGAGAGGUCAAAGCGUUCUUGCACGUGGUAAUCGCCAUGAGUCCCAUAGGUGAGAUAUUCCGCGCCAGAUUGCGGCAAUUUCCCGCCCUGGUGAAUUGUUGCACUAUCGACUGGUUCAGCGCCUGGCCGGACACCGCUCUACAGUCGGUGGCUUUGAGAUUCCUCCAGGACGUGGAGGACUUCAACGUGCCGGAAAACGUGCUCGCGGGCAUCGUGGUGGUGUUCCAGUUCAUGCACGCCAGCGUCAUCGAUGCCAGCGAUCACUUCCUGGCCGAGUUGUCGCGCCACAACUACGUCACGCCCACGUCCUAUUUGGAAUUGCUCUCCAGCUACACGGAGCUGAUGAACACCAAGCGCGGCAACCUCUUCGCCAGCAUCAGCAGACUACAAAUCGGUUUGAGCAAGUUGCAGAACACCUCCGAGGAAGUGGCCGUUCUGCAGGAGCAGCUGAGAGUGAUGAAACCCGCUCUGCUAAUUGCCGCUAAAGAUACAGAGAUUAUGAUCAAUAAGAUAGCUGAGGAUACGGCUUUGGCUGAGGAGACGAAGCGAAUCGUCCAAAAGGAGGAGCAGGAGGCCAUCAAGAAAGCCAAAGAGAGCGAAGAGAUAGCCGAAGACGCCCAGGCGGAUUUGGAGCUGGCCAUGCCGGCUCUAUUAGCCGCCGAAAGGAGCUUGAAAGCUCUCAACAAGAACGACAUCGUUGAGGUGAAGUCGAUGAAAAAGCCUCCGGCUGGAGUGGUGACCGUCAUAGAAGCCAUUUGCAUCGUCAAGGGAAUCAAACCCGUCAAGAUUCCAGGCCCUAAAGUCGGCCAGAAGCUCCUGGACUACUGGGAACCGGGUAGAGCGAUGCUAAACGACCCGCAAGCUUUCCUCAACUCGCUCAUGGAAUUCGACAAGGAUUCCAUCAACGAGGAGAUGGUCGGUAAGCUGAAGAAGUACGUGAAGGAUCCGGGCUUUACGCCGGAAAAAAUCGCCAAGAUUUCCAAAGCUUGUCAAUCGCUGUGCUUGUGGAUUCACGCCAUGUUCAAGUACUACCACGUGAACCAAUCGGUGCUGCCCAAGAAGGCCGCUUUGAAGCAAGCCGAAGAAGAUUUAGCGGCUACGGAAAAGGCUCUGGCGGCUGCCAAAGCUAAAAUGAAGGAAGUACUAGACGGUUUGAAAUUCCUGGAAGAAAGUCUGGCCAAGAAGAUAGCCGAAAAGGAGGAGAAAGAGCAGAGCAUAAUACUGUGCGAGGACCGCAUGAACAGAGCCAUGAGGCUCAUCAACGGUCUGGCAGAGGAGAAAAUCAGAUGGAUCCAAACCAUCAAAGAUCUCAAGGCUAACAUUAUCAAUGUAACCGGGGAUAUUUUGAUUUGUUCCGGUUCCGUGGCCUACUUGACACCUUUCACAGACGAAUACAGGCGUAAAUUGUUCAAGAAUUGGGUACAAAUAAUGAGCCAUCACAAAAUACCAUUCUCGGAACAUUGCAAUCCAGUGGCGAUUUUGGGCGAGCCCGUGCAAAUCAGGCUGUGGCAAUUGGACGGAUUGCCCAGAGACUACUUAUCAACAGAAAACGCCGUGCUGGUGUCGUGUUCGAGAAGAUGGCCGCUCUUCAUCGAUCCCCAAGGACAGGCCAACAAAUGGGUCAAGAACAUGGGUAAAAACAUGGGUUUGACGAUAGUGAAGUUGUCCGACAAGGACUUGAUGAGGUCCAUCGAGUCGUCGAUUCGUUUUGGUAAGGCGGUGCUGAUAGAGAACGUUCUGGAGGAAUUGGACCCUUCGAUGGAUCCGGUGCUGCUGAGGCAGGUGUUCCUGCAAAGCGGUACGCGCGUCAUCAAAUUGGGCGAGGUGGUGGUGCCGUACGAUGAUAACUUCAGAUUGUACAUCACCACGAAGCUGCCCAAUCCUCAUUACACUCCCGAGGUGUCCAUUAAAGUGCUGAUUGUCAAUUUCACCGUGGUGCCUUCUGGUUUGCAGGAUCAGCUGCUGGCUUUGGUGGUGGCGCAGGAGAGGCCGGAUUUGGAGGAGCAAAGGGCGCAGAUUGUGGUCAGCAUUGCCACCAUGAAGCACGAAUUGAAGGAGAUUCAGGAUAGGAUUUUGUACAAAUUGAGCUCGUCUGAGAUAUCGCCCAUAGAGGAUUUGGACUUUAUUAUAACUUUGGAAGCAUCUAAAGUGAAAAGUGAGGAUAUUAAGAAUAAAGUGGAAUCGGCGGAAAUUACCCAAAUCGACAUCGAUAACACCAGAGCUCUUUACAUACCGGUGGCCAAUAGAGCGCAGAUAUUAUUUUUCUGCGUAGCAGAUUUGUCCAAAAUCGAUCCAAUGUACCAAUACUCAUUGGAAUGGUUCGUGGCCAUUUUCACCACCAGCAUGGUGGAAACUGAAAAAUCAGAGGUCAUUGAACAAAGAGUACAAAUCAUCAACAAUUACUUCACCUUCAAUCUCUACAUCAACGUGUGCAGGAGCGUCUUCGAACGGCACAAGUUGCACUUCGCCUUCUUGCUGUGCAUCAGAAUCCUAAUGGACAGCAAAGAGAUCAACAUGAAGGAAUGGCAACACUUCCUAGCAGGAGGCGUCGUUACGAAAGAACUACCUAACCCCGCGUCGAGCUGGUUGUCCAGCAGAGCUUGGACGGAAAUCCUAUCGUUAAAUUCCCUCCCAAAGCUCAAAAUCGUUGCCACCACGUUCAACAAGUACGCCGAAAAGUACAGGAAGAUCUUCGAGAGCUUGGAACCCCACAGGGAACCGCUGCCCGACGAAAUCGAAAACCAGCUGGACAAGUUCCAGAAGCUCAUCGUGCUUAAAAGCCUGCGACCCGAUAAGGUCACCAACGGCAUGCAGGACUACCUAGCAGCUAAAAUGGGACAGCAGUUCAUCGAACCGCAGUCGUCGGAUUUGUCCGCCAUGUACAAGGAUUCAGCUGCGACUAUUCCGUUGAUAUUCGUGUUGUCCACCGGUACUGAUCCCGCUGCUGAGCUGUACAAAUUCGCCGAUCGCAUGAGGAUGACCAAGAGGAUGUAUUCGAUAUCGUUGGGCCAAGGCCAAGGUCCUAGGGCGGAGAAGAUGAUGCAGAGCGGCAUCGAAGCUGGGUCGUGGGUGUUCUUUCAGAAUUGCCACUUGGCGCCCAGCUGGAUGCCGCGAUUGGAGCGUUUGAUCGAGACCAUUUCGCCGGAGGAUUGCCACAGGGAUUUCAGGGUGUGGGUGACUUCCACGCCUUCGCCGCAUUUUCCUGUGGCAAUUUUGCAGAAUGGUAUCAAAAUGACCAUCGAGCCUCCGUCGGGAUUGAAGGCCAAUAUGCUGCGUUCCUACAGGAACCAAGUGUCCGAGUACAUUGAUUUCAUUCAAUCCGAGCACCCCAAGUGUCCGGCUUUCAGGUACUUGGUGUUCUCGUUGUGCCUCUUCCACAGCAUUGUGAUAGAACGAAGGAAGUUUGGUCCGCUUGGUUUUAAUAUCCCCUAUGAAUUCACCGAUGGCGAUUUGAAAAUUUGCAUCAGCCAGCUGUAUAUGUUUCUGGUCGAAUACGAUGAUGUACCGUUCAAAGUACUCACUUAUACGGCCGGCGAAAUUAACUACGGAGGAAGAGUAACGGACGAUUGGGACAGGAGAUGCCUGAUGAACAUAUUGGCCGAUUACUACAACUUCAACGUGAUGGAUCCCUCUUAUAAAUUCGACACCUACGGAUUAUACAAACAGCAACGCACGGACAUCAUCUUCAACGACUACAUCGACUACAUCAGAUCGUUGCCCAUCAACGACAGCCCCGACAUCUUCGGUUUGCACGCCAACGCCGAGAUCACCUUCGCCCAAUCGCUGACCUACAUGUGCCUGUCCACGCUGCUGAAGCUGCAGCCGAAGGUGGGCGGCGCCGGCGGCGCCAGCCAGGAGGACGCCACCGCCGGCACGGCCAAGUUGAUCCUCGACCAGGUGCCCAGGCUGUUCGAUUUGAAGCUGAUCAACGAGAGGUAUCCCGUGCAAUACGAGGAGUCGUUGAAUACGGUGAUUAUACAGGAGGCGAUUCGUUACAACAAGCUGUUGGCGGUGAUUAAGAGCUCGCUUCGGGAUCUGCUGAAGGCUUUGAAAGGCUUGGUGGUGAUGUCCGAGGCUUUGGAGAAGAUGACUACGCGCAUGUCGAAUAAUAUGGUGCCCGAGCUUUGGGCGGGGAAGGCGUAUCCUUCGCUCAAACCGCUAGGAGCUUGGGUUAUAGAUUUGAAAGCUCGUUGCAAGUUCCUGCAGAAAUGGGUGGACGAAGGGAUACCCCCGGCUUUUUGGAUAUCUGGUUUUUACUUCCCCCAAGCAUUUUUGACGGGUACUUUACAGAACUUUGCCAGGAGAUUCGUCCUUUCGAUCGAUACUAUAGGUUUUUCUAACGAAGUUCUGGACGAAUUUCCCAAAGAAAAACCGGCGAAUGGUUGUUGCAUAUACGGCCUGUUCGUUGAAGGAUGCAGAUGGAACAGGGAAACUCGAUUUUUGGAUGAAUCCAAACCGAAAGAAUUGUAUACUGAAAUGGCCGUAAUUUGGCUAAAACCGGAAGAAUACCACGUCGUUCCGGAAGGAAUAUACCAAUGUCCCAUUUACAAAACCCUGACGCGGGCGGGGACGCUUUCCACCACCGGCCAUUCCACCAAUUACGUCCUAACUGUAGAAAUCCCGAGCGAACAACCCCAAAGGCAUUGGAUCAAACGGGGAGUCGCCCUCAUUUGCGCGUUGGAUUAUUAAAUUUCUUCGUAUUCCACACGCGAUUUUAGCAAUAAAGAUGUUUUAAUUGACUUAACGAUCUUUACUUAUUAUUACAAACGACUGGCAGAUUAUUCAAAAUGCAGAGUUCAUUUGGUAAGUAUUUAUCAUUUAUAGUAUUAUAAAUAGUAUCCAAAUUUAAUGCAUAAUAAGAAAAUAAAUGUUAAAAGUAGUUUACUGAGCAUUUAUACAGGGUGAGUCGUAUUAAGGUAUCGAACAUAUCUUCAUGGUGGCGAUUUCGAUAUGAUUCAAUUUUAGGUAAAAGUACAUUUUGAACCAGCAACAUAUACAGGCAUAUUAAGAAUUAAUAAAAUCCAGGGCCGUCAUCAAAAACAAAAGGUAAAUUUUUUCAAACUUCAUAUUUCACCCUGUAUACGUUUUAUGCAAGUUACUCAUAAAGCCUAACCAUCGGAAAUUUUUACCAAACUUUUAUUAAAUUGUCAAUACAAUUAACUUUAAAAAAAAUACACUUUCAGAAUAAUCGAAUAUAUUUUACAAUAUUUUCUAUCGUACAAGUUUUAUGAAAAUGAAUAAUAACGAUUACUUAUCCCUUUCUAUGAAAAAGUCCUAAAAUUACAAAAAAGCAUAUAGUGUAAAAUAUUAAGUUUGAAAAAAAUACCUUUUAUUUUUGAUGACGGCCCUGGAUUUUAUUAAUUCUUUUAAAUUUAAUUUAAGAUUUGAAUUCAAUUUUUUAAUCUCCUUACAGAGGCGGAUGCAAAUAUUAAUGGCCGUUUAAAUGCAUCUAUACACUGUUAAAGUAUGUACGAUUCCUCGCUAUUCACCCUGUAUAUUUUUUAGGGCAAAUUUUAUUAAAAAUUUUGAACGUAAUUUAAUAGCGUUUUUUACUUUUUUGACGAGCAAAAUGCAUUUUUCAGCCGUGCCUAAAAUAACACACUUUACUUGACUUAAUAAAACGAUUAAAAUAACACAAACUCAACCGUUUAUUUUACCGAAAUAGUCUUUUAACAAUUCUUUAUCGGCGUUCUCCAGCAGACAGCCUAAAAAUUUGUGGAAAUUUAACAAAGAACCGCUUACGAUCGAUGGAUAUUUCCUUUGCUUUUCGAACGUAUAAGCGAACAAAAGUCGCUUGCUCACGUAUGAAUUGUAAAAUGAAAUAUUACCCACUUCUACAUAUGUUUUUUCGAAAUUCGAAUACAUUUGUAUGGACAACCUGAGGCUUUCGGGCUUUCCUAAUUCGUUCGCAGCCAAAUUAACAAUUCUAUAAUGAACAUUUAAACUAUCGUAAACAUCAGAAACGAGCCUAACUAAAUCAUCUACAUUCUCUACACUAUUCUCCGUAUCAGCCAUAAAAACACUAAGAGCAGAUUGUUGGUACAAAUUAAAAAAACUAGCCUUUUCAGUACCUAAAUUUUGGUACACUUUACCUACACUAAAACACUUCAACGGGAACAAAGUAUGGUGCGUAAGAUGCUUGGUAAAAUACGCCAUAAAAGAGAACAAAGUAGCCGAACCGCACAAAUGGAGCCUGUUAAUUCUCUCAUCGUUAAUCGGAUUUUCUAAAGCGAACGAUUUUCUAUUAUCAUGUCGAAUUUCGUCGCAGCCUUCUAAGAUUAUGCUCCUGCAAAAAUUCGUAUUGGAAAACUGGACGAAAUCCAAUCCCAAAAGAUAUUUCCUGAAAUAAUUGAACAGUUUCAGUUCGAACAAAGCGGCAUCCGAUUUCAAGUAACAAGUAAAAGGAUCUAAAUAUUUACAAUAGUUCAUUUCCGUAGCGAUUUCUAUGUGAUUUCCGGCGUAUCUAGUUGGCUUUUCUAAACGCUCGUAAAGUACUUGUUCUUGUUUUAAAGGCGUUUUACCAUGUAAUUUAUUCGGUAAAUUUAAUAUAUUUAACAUGGUAGAUUCCUCUACGUCGUAGAAAACUUCUUUGAGGUUGUUUAAAUCAUCUUUAACAAGUUUUAAAUGCGUUUGGAGUUUUUCGUUAUCGCUCGAUACCGAUUUGUUGGCUAAAGUUUUAGCUAUCUCCGAUCGAGUGGUUUCGAGGGAGACUUUACGCUCUUUCAAAUCUUUAAAAAGUUCCCAUUGCUUUAUAAUAUUAUCGACGUCGAGAUUUAAAUUUCUGGCUUUGACGUUCUCGAUUAAUUCGUUUUUGUUGGUAAUUUGCGUUUCAAAGUCGAUUUCGGGCAUUAAAAUGGCGCAAUUUGUUUGGGCUUUUUCUCCUGUAAUAUACAAAGCAGAAGAAAACCGCCUGUUGAAAGUCUUAAAAAAAUUCCUACAAUUCGCCAUCGUCCUCGUCGAUUCUCAUCCGUUUGUUAGACGAUUCGGGAUCGCUCUCGGAGCUUUUCCCCUGCGUUUCGAUUUUUCUUUUGACCGGCGCCUUCCAACUGCCCAGACCGGCGGCUCGUUCGGAAUCCUCCACCGUGUAGGGCUCGAUUUCGAGGGCUUUGAGUCUCCGUUUGUGCACUUUAGUGCGGAAAUGGUCCUGCAGGGCGCUGUCGGAUAUGAAGUGGCGGGCGCAGUGAAUGCAGUAAUGUUGGCCGGAUCCCGGCUUGUCGAAGUCCACCGGCUGAUUGAGGAGUUUCUGGCAGUUCUCCGGCUUCAAGUCUUCAUCGAUCU